GAACUGCCCUGUCACGCGCUGUUAGUAAAAGUUGGGAUAGAGUGAGACACGGAGCGAGAGAGAGAGAGAGAGAGAGAGAAAGAGAGAGAGAUUACAGUCUGCAGCGUUCACGGUUGUGUUGAUAAACAGCGGAUGAAAAUAUUCGGCUCACUGCAAAGUUGUUUAGGGGAUCAGCUGCAUGAACUCUGCAUGAACAUUCACUCUUAGAAAGACAGACAGAGAGAGAGAGAGCGCGCGAGAAAGAGAGAAAGAGCGCGCGCGCUUUGGGAAAAACAACAACAACAAAAAACUUGACACUGGGUCUGGUCCAGAAUUGAGAAAGUUGCGGUGUUUUCUUGUUCCUGUAGUAAAUGUUGUGACAGUGAGGAGUGCGCCGGCGCGGAUAGACGCGAGAGAAGCCGAGCUGUCAAACCCGAUGAGUAGUGCAGACUGCAGCGGGAAUGAGGAGCUGGACUUCAGGCUGAUCUUCGGUGAGGACGGCCAGCAGCCGCCUUCAGGCCCCGCAGAUCUGGAGCCGGAUGACACCACAUCAUUCUACAUCCUGAACGUGGGUCAGCCUCCAGCAGUGGCGAACCAGAACCUAGGUGUCCAGAGGCAUGGAGUCCAGCCUCACUCACAGCUCAUCUCUACUUCUCCUACGUUGCAGCCUCUCCACAAGCCCUUUGAGCCCAGCUAUGAGUCCCUGGACUCUAAAUACCCUCCCAGUGGAGGUGGAGGAGGUGCAGGUAGGCCCCCCAAGGCCUUUGAGUGCCCUAGUAUCCAGAUCACCUCCAUCUCCCCAAGCUGCCAGCAAGAGCUAGAUGGGAAUGAGGAUGACCUUAGGUCCAAAGGUGUGGAUAGGGACUUCCACGAGCAACCGCUGUCUCGGGACCACCUGUAUUUGCCACUGGAUCACUCGUACCGUGAUUCAUCACUGAGCCCGAGCCCCUGCAGCAGCUUGUCGUCACGCAGCUGGUUCUCAGACGCUUCAUCAUGCGAGUCCAUGUCUCAUGUGUACGACGACGUGGAUUCGGAGCUGAACGAAGCAGCGGCGCGUUUCACACUCGGAUCUCCCCUCUCCUCACCGCAGGGUGCCCCGCUGGAGGAGCCAUGGCAACAACAGCACCAUCACCACCACCAUCCGGGUUACGCCCCAGCACUCUCCCACCCACACACCCACUCUCUCUCUCCACGUCAGUCACCAUGCCACUCACCACGCACCAGCGUUACUGACGAGAACUGGCUCAGCCCACGGCCACCUUCACGCCCAUCCUCACGUCCCACAUCGCCUUGUGGUAAAAGGCGCCACUCUAGUGCUGAUAUCUGCUUUUCGGGUUCACCCCAUCACUCCCCGACACCGACCCCGGGCCCCUCGCCCAGGGGCAGCGUCACUGAAGACACCUGGAUCGGCAGUCCUGUACGUAUAGCACCCUUCCAGUGCUGCACCUCAGACCCUGACAUCCCUUCCAAGACCAGGAAGACAUCACAGGACUGUACAGCGACGCUACAGUCCGGGAAGAACGAUCUCAGCCGGGACGAUUCGGGAAAUAUCUCACCGCUUCGGGAUUCCCCGGCUGACGAAUCCAUGCACGGACUGAAAAAAGACGGAGCUGGGGAGCAAUUCCUUUCCGUGCCCUCUCAUUUCACCUGGAACAAACCCAAACCAGGACACACACCUAUUUUCAGGACUUCCUCUCUGCCCCCCCUGGACUGGCCCUUGCCGAGUCAGUACAGUCAGUAUGAACUGAAGAUCGAGGUGCAUCCUAAAGCCCACCACCGGGCGCACUACGAGACCGAGGGCAGCCGAGGAGCCAUCAAAGCAGCCUCCGGCGGACACCCUGUCGUCAAGCUCGUUGGCUACAACGAGAAGCCUGUAAAUCUGCAGAUGUUCAUCGGGACGGCAGACGACCGCUAUUUAAGACCGCACGCUUUCUACCAGGUUCACCGCAUCACAGGCAAAACAGUGGCCACAGCGAGCCAGGAAAUCAUCAUCACUAGCACCAAAGUUCUGGAGAUUCCACUCCUUCCUGAGAACAACAUGUCUGCCAGUAUCGACUGUGCCGGGAUUCUAAAGCUGAGGAACUCGGAUAUCGAGCUGAGGAAAGGCGAGACAGACAUUGGGCGGAAAAAUACCCGAGUGCGUGUGGUGUUUCGGGUUCAUAUCCCACAACCCAACGGAAAAGUUCUGUCCUUACAAGCUGCCUCUAUCCCUGUGGAGUGCUCCCAGCGCUCAGCACAGGAGUUACCACAGGUGGAGAAGUUCAGUUUGAGCAGUUGUCCAGUCAGUGGAGGAGAGGAAAUGGUCAUCACAGGUUCAAACUUCUUCCCUGAGUCAAAGGUCAUCUUUCUGGAGAAAGGCCCUGAUGGACGACCACAGUGGGAGGUCGAAGCCAAGAUCAUUCGUGAGAAGAGUCAAGGGUCGAGCAUUGUAGUGGAAGUUCCACCGUACCACAGCAAGAGCAUCACCUCCGCAGCUCAGGUGCAGUUCUACGUGUGCAAUGGGAAGCGGAAAAGGAGCCAAUCACAACGAUUCACCUACCUGUCAGUUCUGGUUAAACAGGAGCACCGAGAUGAUUUGGACCCCCCUGCCAUGCCUCCAAUGCCCAUGCCCCAUGCACAUGCCGUUGGCCUGGUUCAUUCUCCAGUCCUGCCCUCCCCGGACCACGCACAUUCACAGGAUGGGCUUCUGCAAGGCCCCCCACAUGGCCUGGCACCCUCCCUGCACCCUCUCCAGACAACCUGCGCUCCUCUUCACUCACCUACCUUCUCUCACCUGCCUCACCUCCAGGCCCGAGGUCUUCACCCACCUCCCGAAUGCCAGAUGCCCUUCCAUCCAGGCAGUAUGCCCCCCUCGAGACCGACCUACUCCCCACUCCAGCACAAUCUACCCUUCAACGGCCAAGCCAGUCUACCUGGAGCCAGCUCUCAGGCCUACGAGCGCGUGCCCUUCCAGCCCGAGCAAGCUGGGUGCCACUCUUUGGGAAUGGGCAUGGUGUAUGGCUCACCAGUUUCAGCUCCUGUCUCUGGAACCGGACCCUCAAGCCCGAGCCACUCUUCUCCUCAACUCCACUCUCUGGGCUAUCACUGUGCCACCCCAGCUCAGGUGACCUCGCCCACUCACUCCCUCGUUCAACCUGGAAUGCAGCUCCAGCGCUCGCUCGGCUACCAUCCGGCCGGGCAACGUUCGGCCUCGUGCCCGACGCCCUCCAGCGCCCCUGCCCGAAUGGUACCCCUGCCCCACUCGGGUCCAUCCUCUCCUCAGCUGCACUCACUGCCCUACCAGUCACCCACCUCGUCCUCUCCUGCCAGCAGCCCUCUCGGUGCCCAGCUCUCACCCCAGGCCAGCAGUCCCGUCAUGACAGGGAUUCCCACUGCAGGACCCAUGGUGCAUCCGCUGGCACCACAGCAAGGCCCAUUUACCAGCGAAGGAGAGAGGCUGAACAUCAAGCAAGAACCCGAGGACAGAGAGCUCACAUUCCGCUCUAUAGGCCUGCAGGAUAUUACACUGGAUGAUGUGAACGAGAUCAUCGGCAGAGACAUGUCUCAGGCUCCGGGGGCGCAUGGAUCCUCAAGCACACUCGGUCACUCGUAGCCCGGUGCCCACUUCUUUCGUCCACACAGGAGCAUGUCUGCGAGUCCUGGUGAGCUGUGGACUCGAGAGACGCAGACAGACACAGCGCUUCCAUCCACACGCAUCCUUUCAAACCAGACCAGACCCAGCCAGAGAUGAUCUACUGAUGCUGAUGUUCUUUCAACUAACCGAGCAUCACACCCUUUAGAUACAGUUAUAAAGAAGAAGACGAUCAAAGCGAUCAAACAAAAACACGCUGGAUAAUUUCGGCUUCAAAUAAUAAUCACAGUACCUAGUAGUCUUUCUCUCUCAGCUUCUUCUCUCGCAGUAGUUCUCAGGCGCCUUUUUUUUUGGGGGGGGGGGGUCAGCCAUCUGAUGUUAAGAGCAAUCUAUGCAGCCCAGUAUGAAUAUGCAAUACAAAAAAAACACACACAAAAAAAAACCACCACCACACAGACCAAAUGUAGCAUAAUGUAUGUAGAUGCUUUGCUCUGGAUUUUGGGUCAAAUUGGAUGGAAAACAGAAUUCGAGAGGUAUUUUGAUCAUGGCUCAUGCUGCCUCGUGAAAUAAGCGCGGUCUCAGCAGCGCCCCCUGGUGGACAAGCUGCUGAUGUGCUAAUAAUAUGCAACAUUCCACACUUUUCUAGUGUCUUUGUUUUUAUUUUUUCAUGAACAAUCGAUCACCCUUUUUCCUCUUCAGGUUGAACAAAUGCCUUAUAAGCCUAGCAGCUUGGAUUGACUGAAAACAUAGCUUUUAAUAGAAACGUUAUAUUCUUCUUCUUUUUUUUUUUUCUUUCUCCUUUUCUAGAUUUUCUUCUUCAUAAAGCUGAAUUCUGUGCCGAGGACAGUUCAAGUUCGCGUGUUUUGCAUUUCAAGCUCUAGUGUGCAGCAAAGUGUGUAAUAUUUUCAAACGUGACACACCCAAAACUCAAUCUAUGUAGGAGAUCUGUACCACCGUAGAAUGUUAAAUUAAAAUCGGCGCGUUUGAGACGUCGAGAGAAUCGUAUUGUGAGUGCGUUAGCUGAUACUCCCGUGUGCCUUUCCAACGACAAUCAUGCUCGGAUAUAGCAUAAACCACCCACAUACGUUCGAUAGGGUGGCCAUAUUGUCGUGGUUGGAAACGCUGCUUUCAGACUGUACGGGGGUUGUUUUGUUUUUGUUUUCCUUCAGAAAGAGUGCAUUCUGUGCUGUGAUGAAAAAGCUAAACUAACUCUAAUCCUAUGUUUAUGCUAGCAAGUAACAGGCAAUCGAUCAUUGUCUAUUUAGUUACGACAAUAGCGUCGCAUUUUUUUUUUCAAUUCUAUGCAGAUUAGCUAGAACGUGUUAAAGCAACAAAUCCAAACAAUUGGCUUGAACAAUUCCUUGGAACAACUCUCUAGUCCGAUGUUCUUCAGCUUUACCUCCUACGUGGAAUUCAUUCCCAUUUAUGGUUUGAUGCACAAAAUCGUGGUCCUCUUAUACAAACUGAUGAAUUUUUAUGAAGGAAAAUACAGAAAGUAGCAGAGAGGGUUGCUGGAUUUGCUUGCUUUGCUUUCACCCCGAUUAGUGCAUUUGUGUGCAACUAGGUAGUUCGCUUGAGUAGCUACACAUCACUACUACAGUUUCUAAUUGGAAGUAAACAAAAAAACAAAGUCAACGACAUCAGUAUCAGUCGCUACCAGACAAACCACAAACGACUUGGCACUUGCUAGCACAAACGUAGUGUGAAACAUUGUUAUGGCUUUUUGCUAAUCAGCUAUCCUUGUUAGCACAAAGAGAAAUCAAACUAAUCUUUGUUGUCGUGUUCAAAUAUCUCCUUACAUUUCAAUAUUUUUUUUCUACCAGCACUCUGUGUGAAUGCUUCUCCAAAAAAAAAAAAAAAAACUGCUGUUUUGUUUUUUAAGAAAAGCUUCUUUAAACGAUGAAUUAUUUAUUUUUAAAGCAGUCACAUUUCAUCCGCCUUGUGGCCAUUUCACGUAGGACUAAAAAUGUUCUGAGGGGAAAAAAACAGUGUGAAAGCAGCCAUAUUGCAUUUAGACAAUCAAUCAAUCAAUCAACAGCUUAAUGCCGCAAUAUAUAAAGUUGUACCGUUAAAAAGAAACAUUUUUCCCCAAUUUACGUCUAGUUUCAUAGUAGUACCCGAAAAAAAAAGCACUAGAUCCUGAACAAAGCAUUGUAGAUAAUCAUGGUACCUUGUUUCCCCACUUGGGAAUGAAAUGAAAUCAGUGUUUGAGGUUACUUAUUGAAGGAAGUGGGACGUUACAGGGCAAGGACUUACACAUUCUCUUGGAUGCUCGUCUCAAGUAAUCGAUUCAUAGGGAACAUUGGGUGCUAUCCUUCUGUAAGAAAUGUAUUUUUAGCCUAGCUGUGUAGCUGAGGGUUUGAUAAAAAAAUAAAUCUGUAUUUAUUUAGAAUUUGUAUUGGAUCCCUGCCUUAAAAAUAAUAAUAAUAAUUGACAGUAAUAACUAUUGUGUAUAUUUUUCUAUUUUAAGGAAACUGGUACAGCUACUUAGUUUUCCAUGUUCGGGUCUUUGAGACCUCGCGGUAUUAAUGACUGUUGUUAUAAAGUGAAAACAUCAAAAACAAACACAAAAAAAAAGGACAAAAAUUUGGAAAGAAAAUUUGCUAUGCACUAAAACCUGCCUGAUGCCUUUUCACUAAAUAAACUAUUUUAAAAAAAACAAAAAAAAAACAAAGAAAACCUUGAUGCCUCUAGACGUAGAUGCUAUAGAGCAGCAUAAAUGUAGAACAGUAUAUGCCAGGUAGCUUUUUUCUCCAGGUCAGAGCUCUCUGUGUUUGUAUUUGUAUGUGUGUGUGUGUGUGUGUGUGUGUGUGUGUGUGCCUGCCUUGUAGAGGACUAAAGUGUGUUUGUAACAUCUUAGCACUUGUAGAUUACUUUUUUAAACCCUUUUCCAGUUUCAGCAGUGAGAAGGCACACGGAUACAUUUAGGCUAUGCAAAGACAGACAGCAACACAUCAGCGCAAUAUUUGGUAUCAAAGAAAAAUGGCAGAUGUUUGUUAGCUAGCUCUUGUAUAUACGUGCGUGUGUGUGUGCGCGUGUGUGUGUGUGUGUGUGUGUGUUUACCCGUAGUGACAGGUGACUUCAAUGCCACUUUUGACUAUUUAAUUUAAACUAUCAGAUCUACAAUAGGAACGCCUUAAACUUGUAUUUGCUACGGAGAUGUUUGACCGUUUGGGUUUGAUUUAGGAAUAGCUUUUAAAACUCGUCCGUAGAAGGAGGGCGAAAUGGAAAACCGGGAAUACUGGGACGGAAACCCGUGCUCCCAACAAGAGUCUGCUUUUGUCCCAUUCUUCAAACCAAAGACCGAACAAUGUGUUCCUGUUUUACAGACAGAUGACAAACAUAGACUCUAAAACUCUAUUUUUGAUACUUUGAAGAAGAUGGAUGUCAUUCCGAAUUUUUUUCCUUUUUGGAAGGGGGAGGGGGAGGGAGUACCAUAUAUAAAAAAAGAAAUAUUCUACUAUAACGUUUUGUAAAAUAAAAAGGGAAAUACAGGUUUUGCUGCUGUUUACAGAGCCUUGUAUUGUCAUUUCAUGUACAUUUUGUAUUUUAAACCUUUUUGUAAUUUUUAAGAAUGCAGUGCUUUUUUUUUUUUUUUUUUUUGAAAUUAUCCAAAGGGAAUAAACUUGCAUUAUAGGCUCUUCUGAUGUAGUGUAUCAAUAAAAAGAUGGAAACAUUAACAGACUAUUACUUUUCCUCCAAUGAAAAAAUAAGUUGUGUAUUCUACACCAAUGUUGUAGAAGAUUAAUGUAUUGAGAUUUUUUCUGUAUUAUUAUUAUUAUUAUUAAUAUUAUUAUUAUUUCUAAAUCCAUUGUAUAAUUAACACAAUGAGGCAUGGUAGUACUUAUAUUUUAUAAUUAUUAAUAAACAAAUAUAUUAUUAUUAAACUAUUAUUAUUACGCACAAAAUUACACCACUGAUUUAACCUAAAAAUCUAGUUUCUUUAUGUACUUGUAAGAAUUCCUGGGUGUGUUACAAUACUACUUGGUAAUUUCCUAUCACUGUGAUAAAUUCAUGUGAUUUAAACGAGUCAAAAUCUUUUUAGAUGAUGUACUCUCUGUUAAUAUUGCCACAGCAUCUCUUUAGUGACUUCUCUUAAUUUCCUUAAUAAUUUAAUGCUGUUUCCAGUUUUUCUUAAGUUUUAGCCUGCUCAUACACAAAAUGCAUACAGCAUUAUUUUAAAAAAAAUCUGUAAAUAUACUUAACUUGAUGUUAUAAGAGCUUGUAUAAGUAAUAUAAAAUAGAAGUAGUGCCUUUAGUUGUUUGGAUUUUUUUUUCCCCCCACACUUUUCCCCCCAGAAGUGUUGUAAUGACGCGGUUCGGCCACAAGAGGACAGAAUAGCGCCAUUUUUUUUAUAUACCUUUUAUUAUAUUACGUAUUGAAGUAAAGAGUAAAUAUUGCAUAAAACAUUAUUUUCAAGCAAGAAGUAUAUGCAGAAAAAGUGUUUAAUGCCUGCGGCACGUUACCUGCAUAAUAGAGAACAUUUAAAAUGCAGAGCCGAGCUACAGUUCAUCAAUCAGCCACACGAUGGCAGACAUUACACCAAUUAAGAGAAGACUACUGUUAAGAGUUUUUACCUUACUGUCGGUAGAGUGGAUAUAAAAAGUCUACACACCCCUGUUAAAAUUUCAGGUUUUUGUAAUGUUAAUAAAUAAAUAAAUAAACCAAGAUAAAUAACAUCAACUAAAUCACCCCAAACCAUGCGGCAAAAUGUGUUCUUGUCUGAUGAGACCAAUUCCUAAAAAGGUAUGCUUGGUGCCCAAAAAAAAUAAAUAAAUAAAAAUAAACGAAACUUGCUUUAGGGUUUAUUUUCUUCAGCCAGAACUGGGCUCUUAACAAGGUGGAGGGAAUCUUGAACAGACUUCAUAUAAAAACCAUAAUGAACUUCCUUUUACUUUCACACCACCCGGUGUUACCCAGAUGAGGACGGGUUCCCUUCCGAGUCUGGUUCUUCUCAAGGUUUCCUCCUCAUAUCAUCUUGGGGAGUUUUUCCUCACCACCGUCACCACCAGCUCGCUCAUAAGGGAUAAAUUCACACAUUUAAAAUCUCUAUCCUGUGUUUAUACGUUUCUGUAAAGCUGCUUUGAGACAAUAUCCAUUGUUAAAAGUGCUGUACAGAUAAAACUGAAGUGAACAGCUACAAAUGGCAGUUGAUUUUAGAGCAAAACCUUCAGGUGUCUGCUAGUAAACUGAAGAUGAGAAGGAAUUUCAGCAUAACCGUAAACCAAAGCAUACAUCCAAAUCAACAAAGGAAUGGCUUAACCAAUAGUAGAUCAAUGUUUUUGAAUGGCCUAGCCAGAACCCAGAGUGGGAAGAUAUCACCAAGUCAAGACGUGCCACGCUGAUGGGUCUCUCACCCAAAUAGGUGAGUGGUGUUAAAAAAAAAUUUUAAAAAAUUUUUUAAAAAAGGGGCUUCAUAAUUAUUCAAGUAUUAGUUUAGGGAUAUACACUUAUGCAACUAGGUUAUUGUAACUUUAUUUUUCCUAAAACGUUUGUUUUUCACUCAAGUUUGUAUACUAUGUAAUUUCACAUUGAGGGUAGAAAAACAUAUGAAAUGAUUUAGCUUGGUUUCAUAACUCCACCCCCCAAAUCACAAACCUGCCAUUUUAACAGGGGUGUGGGCUUUUAUCCAUUGUAGGUACUCCUUCACAUUGCACACCUGCACUGCACCUUUGUCCCAAACCAGGUGGAUUAACUUCCACAAUACCACUUCCCCUCUUUAAUCUUACCAAGAAAUAAACAUAGACAAUUAUAUCCUUUCACAUCACCAUUAUACUCGACCGAUAAUGACGUCUUACUGACGACCAUCAAAAGAAUCGAGAAAAUGAAGGAAUAAAACAAUCAACCGCCAGGUUUAGAAGAUUAUUCAACCUUAAGACAGCACUUCUGGAACACGCUACAAAAUGCCGAGCCUGAUCUUCAUGCGUCAAGUAUUACUGUGACUACAGACUGAGAUACAAAAAUCAUUGUUCCGCUAUGGUCAUCUCAGAUUGUAAAUUUGAACCCUCCUGACAAAAUGUAUAGGAUGGUACAACAUGUCUGUUCAGUGUCCCCAAAAAUAGUUAAAACAUCCCCUCGAGUCUAACCUAAAAUAAAUAAAUAAAUAAAUAAAAAUAAAAAGUCGCGCAGUGCACGUGCUACUUUCUGUACCAAUAAUUAUGGAGCUCAUUGUAUAAUAAGUAAUCAGGUCUGGAGAUAUUUCAGAAUAAUAUUUUAUUGUUUACAUAACUUUUAUAAAUCUUAUCUUUAGUUUUCAUACAACUUUGUUUAAAAAAACAAAACAAAACAAAAAAAACCAAAACAAAUCCUAAAUGCCCACUCGGGUGCCGGAGAAGCGCGUUGAGCUUUUUACAGUUGGAAUUGAACUCUGGCUCAUGUAGUAAUGGCACAAAAAGGAGAAGAGUAAAGGCACCGCGAUGACCGAAGGCCUCUCGAGUCACGUUAGAUAGAUUAGGAAAGAAAAUCAUCUCUCAGUAAUAAACGCUGCAAAAGAAAGCAUGCAGAUCAGACAAAAGCCACGACGGCUUGUUUCUCGCAUUAAAUAAAACGGCUCUGUUCUGGAUUCGAUUUAACUAAGAAUAAGUUCGUGUAGAUAAAGGGCCACGCCCAGUCUCGCUUGUGACGAGAUAAUUAACAAGAUCUACGAUGACGAAAAAAAUCUUGCGUGCAGCAGGUUGUCUACAGGCACCAGGUUGAGGCAUAGAUUGGCGUUUUAGAAACUUGGACAUUCAGUAGUGGCAUUAAACAGGCCUCAGUAGUAGUUUUCAUUCCUUUCUUGCAGGCUGUACUGGCUUAGCCUUUGUAUAUUGCACUGCCUUCGAGUAAUAAAAAAAAAAAAAAAAAAAAAAAAAA